CGAGAGCGUCGAGCUUAACAUUGAAAAAAGUUUAAAAAAUGACAAAUCCGACGGACGACGAGAGAAAACAUACGGAUACGCAAAAGCCAGGAGCCGUUAGCAUACCGGGACCGAUGUUUCUCCGAUCCAUUGACCGCUACCCGCGGACGCCUAAAUGUGCGCGUUGCCGAAACCACGGAGUCGUUUCCGCGCUUAAAGGACACAAACGCUACUGUCGAUGGAGAGACUGCGCAUGCGCGAAAUGCACCUUGAUCUCGGAACGCCAGCGCGUGAUGGCGGCACAAGUCGCCCUACGACGUCAGCAGGCGCAAGAGGAACAGGAAACUCGUGAUCAUCUUUUAUACACGGGGCAAACUACGGCGGACAUACCGGCCUUCUACGCCGAGGGAUCCCGCCCUCGGACACACUCAGUGACCAGUAGCUCAGAUUGCAGCGAAAGCGAUGAACCUCCUUCAAAACGCAUGCGGCUAACAGAAACCUAUUCCACCCACCUCGGGAUCGCCCUAAGAGACGCCACACACUCGCCCGACUCCCGCGGGUCUGCUUCUCCCCACAGUAACGCCUCAACGGCAUCGCCUCCACCGCCGGAAGUUUUCAGUUCUCAGGCGAAUGAUGAUCUACCUGAAUCCACUAAGAAAUCCUUGGACUUGUUGUGUCGUAUUUUUCCAACAACAAAACGCCAUGUGCUUUUGCUAGUUUUACACGGUUGCAACGGUGACGUUGUACAAACAAUUGAUCAGUUGUUCAAUACGAAAGGCAACGCCAGUGAUAUGGAUACAAGGCAAAAACUGCCGGACUCACCUCCGAUACCAAGUGCAAUUCCUUCGUAUUUCACACAUCACAUGGACAGUUCGAUUAAAUCUGCAUUUACACCACGUAGCAUUUCUGGACUGACCAGCGCUCAUUCGCUGAGCCCGCUACGUUACGCUUGGGGUGCUGUCCCUCCUAGGGGCCAUCUUCCUUCUCCUUAUCAGCCACUGUUCACCGGCCUGGCUUCAACAUUUGGUUCGUUUCCAGGCCUCCCUCAAGCUUCACCGACAGAGAGACCUGUCAUGUUCUCGUCUUACCCAUUCUCACCCUUUACCCAGGACAGACCUUCCGACUUUGAUUCCAGAUAACAGGACAGAGAUCUACCGACUUCGAUUCCAGAAAACAGGACAGAGAUCUACAGACUUCGAGUCCAAAUAACAGGACAGAGAUCUACAGACUUCGAGUCCAAAUAACAGGACAGAGAUCUACAGACUUCGAGUCUAGAAAACAGAAUCAGACCUACCGACUUCGAUUCCAGAUAACAAGAUAUUUCUCCCAACAUAUUUACUUCAUAGCGUAUAUACCGGCUUUGUUAAGAUAUCUAUGUUCUGUCCAGAUGGCAUGAUAUCAAAAGAUCUAAUACGAAACAUUUUAGAGAUAGCGAUUUGUCAAAGAGGUUCUGGAAGUGGAAACUGGAAACUCUGUUGAGCAGAUUGCUCGAACUUUCUUCGUAAUUGUACAGAUCACUGUUGUAAAGAAUAUACCUGAAUGGUUGCUCAGUAUUCUAAUUUUCUUCAUAAGUGUAUGAAUUUAUGUUAAAUACUUAAAUUCGUAUCGACUUGAAUCUAAUUAUGUGUUUUGUAAAAUAUUGUAAAUGAGUUUCAAAGAGUCCUAAUAGACCAUGUGUACACCUGUAUUUGCUCAUAUAGUUUGACCAUAACGACGAGAGGACUCGUGCAUUUCAUUUGAUGUAUUUAAAAUGUAUACAAAAUAUUUGUUAUUGAUUUCAAUGUUUUAUUUUGUCAAUUAUAAUUUGGGUCUACCUGAAUAAAAUUGAAUCCUA